GCCCAAUCAGAAGGUGUUAAAACUGGGCCUGAAAUAAUUAUUCAAUCUUCUUUUCUCAGACCUACUCUUCUCUCUCUGGGGGUUUUCGACGACGUCUUGUGACUGUGUUUUCCGCGGAAAAUAAAAAUGGGUAUUAUUGAAAAGAUCAAAGAAAUUGAAGCCGAAAUGGCUCGAACCCAGAAAAACAAAGCCACAGAGUAUCAUCUUGGGCAGCUCAAGGCGAAGAUAGCAAAACUAAGGACACAAUUAUUGGAGCCUCCGAAAGGUUCUAGUGGAGGCGGAGAAGGAUUUGAAGUUACAAAAUUUGGCCAUGGACGUGUUGCGCUAAUUGGAUUUCCAAGUGUGGGGAAGUCUACUCUUUUGACAAUGUUAACGGGCACACACUCUGAAGCUGCAUCUUAUGAGUUCACAACUCUGACCUGUAUUCCUGGGAUUAUACACUAUAAUGAUACUAAAAUUCAGUUACUCGAUCUUCCUGGAAUUAUUGAAGGUGCUUCUGAAGGCAAGGGACGAGGGAGACAGGUUAUUGCUGUUGCUAAAUCUUCAGACAUAGUGUUGAUGGUUCUUGAUGCUUCCAAAAGUGAGGGUCAUAGGCAAAUAUUGACCAGAGAGCUGGAAGCGGUAGGCUUGCGAUUAAACAAGAGACCACCUCAGAUAUAUUUUAAAAAGAAAAAGACGGGAGGCAUUUCAUUCAACAGCACUUUGCCUUUGACUCAUGUCGAUGAGAAGCUGUGUUAUCAGAUCCUGCAUGAGUACAAGAUUCACAAUGCAGAGAUUCUUUUCCGUGAGGAUGCUACAGUGGAUGAUCUCAUAGAUGUCAUUGAAGGAAACCGAAAAUACAUGAAGUGUGUAUAUGUGUACAACAAGAUAGACGUCAUUGGUAUUGAUGAUGUGGACAGAUUAGCUCGACAACCCAAUUCUGUUGUCAUUAGCUGCAAUUUGAAGCUGAACUUAGACAGACUACUUGCAAGGAUGUGGGACGAAAUGGGUCUGGUUAGAGUUUACACAAAACCACAAGGCCAGCAACCAGAUUUCUCUGACCCUGUGGUUCUUUCUGCUGAUAGAGGAGGCUGCACUGUAGAAGACUUUUGCAACCAUAUUCACAGAAGUUUGGUGAAGGAUGUCAAAUAUGUUCUGGUCUGGGGUUCUAGUGCAAGACACUACCCUCAACAUUGCGGUCUUAGUCAUAAUCUUCGUGACGAAGAUGUGGUUCAAAUUGUUAAGAAAAAGGAAAAGGAGGAGGGAGGAAGGGGAAGAUUUAAGUCACAUUCCAAUGCACCUGCUCGGAUAUCUGACAGAGAGAAGAAGGCACCACUGAAGACAUAAUGUGUGUUAUAAGAGACAACCUGUGAUUUCAUUGAUUUGCCUGGUGGAUGGGAAAGAUAACCAGAGUUGAUGAUACAUCCAAAGCAAAGGUUCUUAUCAUGAUAGCUCUUGCAACAUAGGGUUGAAUGUUCCUAUGUUUUUUUGCCACCCAAGUGUUGUAACACCACCUCUCCACUGAAAUAAUAGUUUUUAUCUGUUAUGAAGUGUGCGUCUAUGACUUGAAGAGAAGCAGAAAGUAAAGGAAUUUUGCAUUAUUUUGAUUAUGGA